CGUUGAUUUUCUGCCCCUGCUGUGUCAAAUUUAUCCGCCGUGAUGCAGAGGGGUGGGAAGUGGUGGAGCGAGACCCCUAGACUAGGGAGUUGUCGGAUUGCACAAUUGUGGGCAGGAAGUGCAACAUGUCUGUUUGGUUUGGACCGGUCUGACCGGUAGUCUCGGAGAGAUCCAUGCAGACCGGUCUGAUCGGUCGGACUAACCGGUCUGACCGGUGGUGUAGUGGCAGAACACUAGUAUAGUUCUAGGUUGUUUUUCGUUUGAAAUUUGGCUACUCCAUUGUAAAGUUGUAAAUUAUUUGAGUUAUGUAAAUUAUGUGUGUAUUUGAACCAGCUUUGAAAAAUUGUUGUAUUUAAACUCAUGUUGUAAAGAUUGUGGUUUUUCCCUUUUCCGUCUCGCCGUAUAAUUUCAAGUAUUUGUCAUGUUUGUACCAUCUGCGCCCACCUUCGCGUGGGACUACUGAUUUUGUUUCGAUCGGGCCGUGGGUUGAGAAAGGAUCGCCAAAUUAAGCCGUUAAGCUAAUGUGUCCUAUGUGUUCAAAUGAUGACCAUUACGCUUAAUUAGAGUUUUAAUUUGGCGGUUCCGUCACAGGCUUCCAUGGAUUUGAUCAGCAGAAGGGUAGUUUUCAAGGCCCUGAUGUUCCUCUGCUUCAUCAGAUCAUCUCAAGGAAGAGAUCAUUUCACCAAACUGAAUCUCCCUCCCUUCCUGAAGGCAAGCAGGUUCCCCACAUUUCAGCAUGAGGCAUAUGACUACAUCAUUGUUGGCGGGGGCACUGCUGGAUGCCCAUUGGCAGCGACCCUGUCCCAGAAGUACAAGGUACUCCUGCUGGAGAGAGGUGGGUCUCCAUACGGCAACCGCAACAUCACCUUACUGGAGAACUUCCACAUUUGCUUGGCCGAUGUUUCGCCAGAAUCACCAGCACAAGGUUUUAUCUCCACCGAUGGUGUGAUCAAUGCCCGUGCAAAGGUCCUGGGUGGUGGAACCUGUAUAAACGCUGGCUUCUACAGCCGGGCAAAACAAAGCUUUGUGCAACAGGCAGGUUGGGACGCAGACCUGGUCAACCAGUCCUACCCUUGGGUUGAAGAGAGGAUUGUUCAUUGGCCCAAAGUCGCACCUUGGCAAGCUGCUCUCCGGGAUGGACUGCUGGAAGCAGGGGUCUCACCAUACAAUGGAUAUACUUAUGACCAUCUCUAUGGAACCAAGGUUGGGGGCACCAUAUUUGAUGAGACUGGGUACCGGCAUACAGCUGCUGACCUCCUUGCUGCUGGAAAUCCUAACAACCUUAGGGUGCUGCUUUAUGCUAGCGUCAACAAAAUAGUUUUCAACACGAAACAAGGACAUAGGAAGCCAAGGGCUAUUGGCGUUCAAUUCAAAGACGAGAACGGCAGGCACCACCAAGCCUUCCUCAGAGAAGAAAGGGGUAGUGAGAUCAUUGUUUCUGCCGGUGCAAUUGGCAGCCCACAGCUAUUGUUGCUCAGUGGAAUCGGACCAAGGAAUGAACUUAAGAAGCACAAUAUUUCUGUAACCCUCCGCAAUGAACAUGUUGGUAAAGGAAUGUCGGACAAUCGGCUCGCGUUAGGUUCUAGUCCAAUGAACUCUAUCUUUGUACCUAUGAAGAGUCCAGCAAAGCAAUCUCUCAUUGAAACUGUCGGAAUAACCGAUGCUGGUGUGUUUAUUGAAGCCAGCAGUGGAUUCAGCCAGACAGAUGAUAGCAUCCAUUGCCACCAUGGAAUCAUGUCUGCCGAGAUUGGCCAGCUAUCAACAAUUCCACCAAAGAAAAGAAGUUUCAAUGCAAUCCAAAAGUAUGUGGAUAACAAAUAUAGCCUACCGAAAGAAGUAUUUGACGGGGGCUUCAUUCUUGAGAAGAUCGAUGGCCCGCUUUCUACUGGCAAUUUAGUACUUGUGGACACUGAUGUUGAUAGCAACCCCAGUGUCACCUUCAAUUAUUUCCAGUAUCCAAAGGAUCUCAGCCGAUGUGUCUACGGGAUAAAAACCAUUGAGAAAAUACUUAAGACAAACCAUUUCACUAACCUUACUGCCAAUGGUGCUGGAUACCCAAUGGAGAUGCUGCUCAAUAUGAGCGUAUCAGCUAACAUAAACUUGAUACCAAAGCACACGAAUGACACCACAUCCUUGGAGCAGUUUUGCAGGGACACAGUAACAACCAUCUGGCAUUACCAUGGUGGAUGCCAUGUGGGCAAAGUGGUUGAUCAACAGUACCAGGUGAUUGGCAUUUCAGCACUGCGCGUGGUUGAUGGAUCAACCUUAUUUAGAUCACCAGGAACGAACCCACAAGCCACAGUCCUGAUGAUGGGCAGGUACAUGGGGGUGAAGAUUCUAAGGGAAAGACUAGGACAAGCAGCAGGAGUAUAACAGAUUCAUGGACCUUAUCCACUUUAUCAUGUAAGAACGUGACUUAGGAGAUAAGCACAUAGUGAUUUUUGAAGCAAUUCAUCAUGAAUAGCCAAAGAAAGAAAAGUUAGGAGUUCCAUUUGUAAUGUUAUUGUUCGUGUGGAAGUAUAUGGCCCAUCAUAAUUGUGCAUUGGCUCCACAUGUAUACCACUCUUGCUUCAAUAGAUCUUAUGAUAAUGCUCUACA